GCACUGUGGGACACAGUGUGGGCAACGUGGGGCCGGACGGGUGCCUCGGAGGAUCAGAUCGUAGCGACGCGGGAAGUCUGGACGAGAUAGCAGCCUGACGAGAAGGCCUGUGGCAGAGGACCCUCCGGCCCCUGCGGCCGCAAUGGCGGAGAGGCCCGAGGACCUAAACCUGCCCAAUGCCGUCAUCACCAGGAUCAUCAAAGAGGCACUCCCUGACGGUGUCAGCAUCUCCAAGGAGGCCCGGAGCGCCAUCUCCCGCGCUGCCAGCGUCUUUGUGCUGUACGCCACAUCCUGUGCCAACAACUUUGCAAUGAAAGGGAAACGCAAGACACUCAAUGCCAGUGAUGUGCUCUCAGCCAUGGAAGAGAUGGAAUUCCAGCGUUUCAUUACCCCGUUAAAAGAAGCUCUGGAAGCAUAUAGGCGGGAGCAGAAAGGCAAGAAGGAGGCUUCAGAACAAAAGAAGAAGGACAAAGAUAAAAAACCAGAUUCAGAAGAGCAAGACAGGAGCAGGGAGGAGGAGAAUGAUGAAGAUGAAGAGAGGCUGGAAGAAGAAGAACAGAAUGAAGAGGAGGAAGUAGACAACUAACAGGGUGGGAAGACUGUGGCACUGUGGGAGCUCCCACUCUGAAACGUGGUACAUGUGUAUGUGAAGUUUUUCCCUGCUGGGCAGAGUAGUCUUGGGCACAAGAGCCUGGGAAGAUCUCAAUAAAAACUGACUAUAAUUAUCAUCAAAACCAGCGUUUCACCAACUCCGAGCAUCUAAGUAGCAGAAUCCUCUAUUGUUUAAUCGGUUUGAAGGUUAUUACUUUUUGGCAAGAGGGAUUCUGAACAGCUAAUUAAAUUAGCGAUUUGUUAUCUUGUUUACUUACCUGUAUGGUUAUAUAGUUUUUUUGAUCACCAGUCUUCCUGCUCCUCCAAAAAAGGAAUAAUAAUUUCUGUCCUGCCUGCUGUGUUGCAUCACAGAGGCAGUGAAGGCUCAGGAAAAAUUAGGGCUUUGAUCGUGAGCUUUUGAUCCAUAUUUGAUUUACAGUAGCUUACCAAGAAUGAUCACAAUGGAGUGGGUAUGGUGUCACAUGCUUGUGAUCCCAGCUGCUUGGGAGGCUGAAACAGGAGAACUGCAAGUUUUGAGCCCAACUUGAGCAACUC